AUGGCAGUGCAAUCAAAGGACCUGCCUCAGCAGAUCAACUCAGUUUUGGAUUCAAUCCACUCAAAAAAAUCUAGCUCCGCACGUCCUCUUCCUGCUGUUGCUCUUGUUGGCUUCAUUGCCAUUGUUGUCGGUCGCUAUCUGAGCAACAAACAGGCCAAGGAGAAGAAGGCUGCUGCUGCUUCAAAAGCAUCAGCAUCUACUUCCGCAACACAGGAUAAGGGCAUUUUGAAGGGCAGAGUUCAGGCACCCAAGAAAUCAAUCAAGUAUACCUCUGAGGCGACUAUUGAACGCAACCGCAAAUACUUCCCACCUUCAAAAGUCGCCUCUGCAGGAUCGUCCGCUAGUUCUGUAAAGUCUUCAGUCAAGGUUGGCGUGAACAAAGAGUUCUUCCGUCAGAUCGAGGCUAUUUUCAAGAUCCUGAUCCCCAAACUGCGGUGCAAAGAAAGUUUCAUUUUGGUCUUACACACCACAUUCUUGGUCCUGAGAACUUAUCUUAGUGUCGUGGUCGCUCGUCUUGAUGGAGCCAUUGUCAAGGAUUUGAUUGCCGGCAAUGGCAAGGGAUUUAUCCGGGGCCUUGGUUAUUGGUUUGCCAUUGCCCUGCCAGCCACAUACACUAACAGCAUGAUCCGGUACUUGCAAUCUAAGCUCUCCAUUGCUUUCCGAACUCGAUUGACACGUUACGUCCAUGACUUAUAUCUCAACGAUCAGAUCACAUAUUACAAGGCUCUUAACUUGGAUGACCGUAUCGAGGGAGUCGACCAAUACAUCACCACCGAUAUCGCAAAGUUCUGCGACUCUCUUGCUGGAUUGUAUUCAAAUCUAGGCAAGCCCCUCUUGGACACCAUCAUUUUUAAUUACCAACUGAUGCGCUCAAUCGGUGUCUCUGGUAUGGGUGGCCUCUUCGUAUCCUACGUUGUUACGGCUUUCUUGCUUCGCAUGGUCACGCCUGCUUUUGGUAAAUUGGCUGCUGUAGAAGCCAAAUUGGAGGGCGACUUCCGCUCUGCUCAUACACGUCUGAUUACCAACGCUGAGGAAAUUGCAUUCUAUAAUGGAGCAGAGCUUGAGCAUUCGAUCUUGACCAAGACUUACAAGCGUUUAAUUCGCCACAUCAACUCGAUUUACAAGAUCCGUAUUGCUUACAACAUGUUUGAGGACUUCAUCAUCAAAUACUGUUGGUCAGCUGUCGGUUUAACCUUGUGCGCUCUGCCUGUUUUCUUUCCUGCGCUUGGAGGCGUCGAUUCUGCCAAGAAUGUUUCCAGUGGGGACCAAGCUGUGGGUGCUCGAACUAAGGGCUUUAUUACUAGCAAGCGCCUGAUGAUGUCCUUAGCAGAUGCUGGUGGGCGUAUGAUGUACUCUUACAAGGAGAUGUCCGAGCUGGCUGGUUCAACACUCCGCGUUUACAACUUGAUCUCGGUUCUGCAUCAGCUUCAUGCUGAUAACUAUGAGCCUGCCUCAGCUGAAGGUAGCGAUGAUUCUAAGGGAGAGCGUUAUACACUUGACGACAUCCGUGGCAUCAUCGGCUACGGAUAUGAAGGCAUUAAAUUUGUGAAUGUCCCUAUCGUGACGCCCUCGCCUGGAAAUUCAAACGGUGGCGAGGAGCUUGUUCGUGAUCUGAGCGUUGACAUCAAGCCUGGUGACCAUAUGCUAGUGACUGGACCCAAUGGCGUGGGCAAGACUGGAUUUGCCCGUGUAAUCAGCGGACUCUGGCCUGUGUUCCGUGGCCAAAUCCAGCGACCCGCUCCUAAAGAUAUCUUUUACAUUCCUCAACGAGCUUAUCUCUCGAUUGGUUCACUCCGAGACCAAGUCAUCUACCCACACUCUCAUGCUGAUAUGAUCAAGGCUGGUAGGACUGAUGAGGAAUUGAUGACCAUCCUGAAGCAUGUCCAUCUUGCAUAUAUUCCUGACCGUGAGGGAGGCUGGGAUACUGUCAAAGAAUGGAAAGAUGUCUUUUCUGGUGGAGAGAAGCAAAGAAUGAAUUUGGCAAGGUUAUUCUAUCACAAACCCAAGUUCGCCAUCUUGGACGAGUGCACCUCUGCCGUCAGCUCUGAUGUUGAAGGCCUCAUGUACAACCAUGCAAAAGAUAUCGGUAUAACGCUGAUCACCAUUUCCCAUAGACCUGCAUUAUUCAAGUAUCAUCUACAUCUGCUUAAAUUCACAGGUGAUCACGGUCAUUGGGAAUUUUCAACUAUCGGAACUGCAGAGGAGCGCCAAUCGCUCGAGAAGGAGAUGGCAUCUUUGCAAGCGAAGCUUGACGAGGUAGAGCAGCUUAAGGAACGUCAUGCAGAGAUUCAGAAGGAGCUUGAGGUUGGACUAAAUGCUGGUCCUCAAGAUGGAGUGAAGGUUCAGAAACGCGGUCUGUUUUAG